GCCUUCUCCUCCUUGGUGAGCAAGGUCCACCUCCAUCCCACAGCCAUGUCCUGCUACGAUCUGUGCCGUCCCUGUGGGCCAACCCCACUGGCCAACAGCUGCAACGAGCCCUGUGUCAGGCAGUGCCAGGACUCCCGUGUGGUGAUCCAGCCCUCUCCCGUGGUGGUGACCCUGCCCGGACCCAUCCUCAGCUCCUUCCCCCAGAACACCGCCGUGGGAUCCUCCACCUCUGCUGCUGUUGGCAGCAUCCUGAGUGAGGAGGGAGUGCCCAUCAACUCUGGGGGCUUCAGCCUCUCUGGCCUUGGUGGCCGCUACUGCGGCAGAAGGAGCCUGCCCUGCUAAAGCCAGGCUGGACGUCUUCAGUGAGUGCAUGGACCAGGAAGCCCAAAGCCAGGUGCCGGACUGAGGACAUUGCUGCUGGCCAGAGUUCCCAGGCAGGCUGAGAAUCCUUGUGUCCUCCUGCAAGGGAGGGAGACAAGCAAGAUGCCAGCCUGUGCUGUCUGGAAACACAGCCAGCUGAAGUCUUCUCCUGCUUUGCUAUCUGAAACAUGAGUCCCUGUUGCCUCCUGCUGUCCUGUGCCAUGGGUUCAUCCUGAAGCAAGUUGAGAGGGUUUCUAAUCACCACCCUCUGCACAUGUGUGUCAGAUCAAGGUACUUGUCCUGCUGUUGUGAAGAGGUGCCUGAGUUUCAGGUG